UUUAAUAUUAAAUGCCCUCAUCAUUUAACACGAAGAUGAUUUAUUUUUUUGUCGUUAUUAUUUUAUGGACAACUCCAGCAUGUUAUAAUUCUGUUGAUUCUACACCAUCUUCUUCUACAGCCGAACAGAACGAAAAGCAAAUCGAACACCGUGACUUAGUGGUCAAAGACAUUAGCACUCUGUUUCUAGAUGACAGAUUUUCUGAUGUUGUUUUUAUUGUCGAUGAGGUACAAUUGCCAGUCCACCGUGCUGUAUUAGCUUCACGAAGUGAAUAUUUUAGAAGGUUAUUGUUCGGAGGUUUUCAAGAAUCCGAUAAGCGUGAAGUGAACAUUAGUGAUGCACCAUUAGCCUCAUUUAAAAUAAUUCUUGAAUAUAUUUAUACUGGUCGGAUGAAUUUAAGUGAUCUAAAGGAUAAAGUUAUUGUAGAAUUAUUUAGUCUGUCGGAUUUAUAUGAACUCUCAGACUUACAAUACACACUGUCCCAGUAUUUAAGCAAUAACAUAAAUGAACAUAAUGUAUGUUCUUUGUUUGCUAUGUCACGACUUUGUCAGCCCAAAACCUCCGUGGUAAAAUCACCCGAAUAUCUGCUCAAUUUUAUCGAAACUCACGCUUUGGAUGUAUUGCAAUCAGAAGAUUUUCUAAAUUUGUCAGCCGGAGCUCUUAAAGAAGUUCUCACUCGUGACUCGUUUUGUGCUAACGAAUUGGAAAUAUUUCGUGCGGUAAACCGCUGGAUGAUAGAGAACCAAGACUACUUAGAUUCAGAUGCCAUCAACCAAGUUUUAUCUACUGUUAGAUAUGCAUUAAUGAGUGAUGGAGAACUGGAUGAGGUUAGCAUAUCACAACUGGUUAGUUCGGAAAGAAUAUCGGAAACAAUUUCGGAUGCCAAGUUGUUACGAAACACGGUAUCACCACACGAGCUUCAGUUUCGAGUACAGCAAAAUGUGAAUAUUGUUAAUGGUUCUCAGGGUGUUUUGGAUAUUAAUGAAUUUGACGGAGGUGCUAUGAUAACUUUGGAUCAUUUAACAGUUAUAAACAAAAUUAUGAUUAUAUUCGGGGAUAAUAAUUCCGGGGAUUACAGUUAUUACAUUGAUGUUUCAAUUGAUGACGACUAUUGGGUGCGUGUUGUAGAUUAUUCAGAUUAUAUUUGUCGUUCUGUUCAAGAUUUGUGGAUUCCUAAGCAGAUAGUUAGGUAUAUUCGAAUAGUUGGUACAAAAAAUACUGUCAAUAAGAAAUUCCAAUUAUUAGAACUAUUGUACAAUACUGAAAGAUUGGGCUCGGUAAAAAUCGAAAAUGGAUUUGUUGCUCCCGAUUACAAUGUUGCUAAUGAAUCUAUGAACGCAAUUGUGCACGAAGGUGAACCACGUAUAAGGAGAAAUUUCUUAAUUCAUCCCUACUCUACUGACGCUAGAGACUUUCGGAAUAACAAAUAUACAUGGCAUUCUCUAGGGUUGGGUUGUAUUCGGAUCCAACUCGCACAACCUUAUAUACUUAGUUCAAUGAGAAUGCUGCUUUGGAAUGAUAGGGACCUAUUCUACAGUUACACCGUUGAAGUUUCUAUCAAUAACCAGGAUUGGGUAAUGAUCAUGAACAAUUCUAUGGAAAAGGCACAUGGUUGGCAGGUGUUGCAUUUUAAACCAAGGCCAAUAGUUUUCAUUCGUAUUACUGGCGUGCACAGUUCAAAAGGCUCUUUUUUCCGUUGUGUAUAUUUUGAGGCACCCGCUCAAAAACCAUUAAAUUCCCCCUACCCAGACCGUCAUGUUGUAACACAUUAUGCGGAGAACAACGAACCAUAUAUUAUUAUGGCAGAAGCACCGGGUCAACAACAUGAGGAGACAGCAGACCAACAGGACAAUGAUCCGGAGUACCGAUGCUCAGUUAGUUGA